CCCCAUGAAGUGGUGGGUAGUAUUCCUAGUGACAAUUGCCAGGAAAGAAUCGCGUGCAAUCCUUGCGCGUAGAUGCUCAGCACUACUAUUAUAGCGACCACGCCCACGUACAGUACAGUACAGUACAGUAUUCUCCUCCUCAUCUCCCUCGGCGCAACCUUAGAAUCGUCCUGGUUUAACGUUGCUAGUAGCGUGAGGUGCUGACGAGAUGGUAGGCAUCACCGCAUCUCCUUUCCUCGUGGGAAAGACCAUGUCGUAUUUCCCAUUCCCCUAUUCCCAGGAGGAUGCUGUAGACUCGUCUUUCUCCUCCACCGCGUCUUCAUUAUCCACGUCCUCCGACCUUUCCGUGGAUAACAAUCCCGGCGCCGGCGCAGGGAGCGUCAAGAAGGACGAGACCCCAUUGCGAGAUGCCUGUCAGCCUUGUCGCGCGCGGAAGAUCAGAUGUAGCGGUCAAGAAGAUGGCUGCGACCGAUGUAAAUCACUCCAGAAGACAUGCAUCUACCUCCCACGACAAAAGCUCGGACGACCGUCCACCAAAUCACAAAAGUUUCGCGCAUCAGCAAGGCAUCUACAUGGCCGUUCCACGAGAGACGGGAGCAGCCGCGGCAGCGCGUCCAAAAAGGGAUCCGCAAAGAUGCUGACUGCUGCCUUGGAGAAUUCCACCAGAAACAAGGAGAGCGGGAGCCAAAACGUCGAAAAUUCUCCCAUGAUUUCUCGUCAGACCACUUCCACACCGGACAUGACAUUGCAGCGGUCGGCCGUCAACAUGCACGACAUGGCCACGUCGGAUAUGAUCGCACAUAUGUUCGACCUGCCAAAUUCGCCUCCCUCUCCACCCUCCAGCCUGCCGUCCAAUGAUACUUGCGAUUCGACGGUCUCGGUAUCCCCAGCGGAAGACAGCUUAAGGCCGUCCCGUUCUACCGGCCACGGACAUCUGCUCAAUUGCGGAUUCUCCUCGGUCUCCACCAGCACAUGCUCUGCGAGUGAGGACGAGAUGGGCGGAAGAGUUCCUGGAACAUCCUCCGCUUUAUCCAUUCAAUCGCCGUCGUUGUCCUCGAUGGCAUCAUCAGAACGUAUGAGGCAGUUCCCCUGCCCGCCGCGGCGGCCAAUAAACCAUCACGUUUGCUUCCUGUCUCUGUCGUCAAAGCUUCUCAAGAACGUUCUGGGCAAUAGCAAUGUGCUCUCGAUGCCAUCGAACAUACCCGUAUUAUCACUGUCGUCAGCAUCAUCAAGACAUCAGACUCAGCAAGAGAUGAAAGAGCAGCCGCAGAGGCUUCUGUCUCAGCACCAGCAUAUGAGCCGACUAGAGACUUUCCAGCUGAUCGAGCUGUUUUUUCUCUUUCAUCCUCUCUCCUACCUGGUCAACAAGACUCUCUUGCUCAGAGCGCAAUCUUUCUUGCAGCAAGAUGUUUCGAAUACCGCCUUUCGCAGCAGCGGAACCUCCCAUUCGGCGCCUUUUCUCGCCUCGUUCACCGCCUUCUCGCGCGAACCGCUCGUGCUUGUCGUCCUCGCAUCCGCAUCUUGUCUGCGCCAGUCGAUGGGCAGUUGUAAUGACCACGACGGCGAUGACGACGACGAUGGGGUAUCGUCAUCGGCGAGCGGUUCGCAUUGCAGGCAGGAGUGCGACGAUCUCUUUUCUAUGGCGCUGGACGCCAUCUACAUGCGCGUCGAUGGCUGCUUUGAGCUGGACACUCUCCAGACGCUGCUCAUUGUGAUCCUACAGCACCUCAUGCUGUUGCAGGACGAGGCCGGCAGCGAACACCCGACGAAUAGCCGCAUGAAGGAGACGCUCACCCUCCUCCACCUAGCGUGGGCAUCGGCACAAGCGUUGGUGCCUCGUCAGGAAGUAAACGCAUCCCGGGCGCGGGCUCAACCCACUCAGAACGGUCACCGCGGGCACAACUUCCAACAACAGCAUGGAUCCGUCUCACGAGAUCAGGCAUCAGCGGGAGGAAAGGCCGGGUCCCGCCAAGUAGCGUCCUUGGAGCUGAUGACCACAUUGGGCCGGGACUUUGAACCCGUCCAGCGAGGAUCGGUAUCGGAAGCCGAGGUGCAGGAUGAGCUCAUCAACUUUUGCUGGUGGACCUGUGCUGUCUUUUCACUCUAUGCUCGUUUGAUCUGUGGGCUGCCGACGUCGCCGCUGCUUUCGGCCCUUGACGACAUGCCCCGAAACGCAGCCCUCCUCGCCCUACAGAACGGGUCUCUGUCCAGUCGCUACGAUGCGCAUCAUCGCAAUCGGAUGCCAGCAUCGGUGUACGCUUCCAGCCUAAACAUGUUCGUUAGCAUGUCCGAAAUGUGUCUGCUCGCCGCACGCAUUGUGGCACGGAGCGAACAGGAUGUCAUGUACCAAAGUGUGACGCUCCCCUCGAGACUCUCGCCCCCUGGAUCCCGGCGCCGUCGAUGCCUCGUUAGGACUGCCUGCGACGAGGAGAUUCGCUUGUUCUUGAUGGCGAACCCGGAGCCGCUCACCUUGGCUUUCGCGGACUCACAAACUGGCCGCAUUCGUUUGCUGUUGUACCAAAUCCUAGCGGUGCGGCUCGCCUCUGAAGAUGGCAGCCAGCCUGGUUCGGACACAUCGCCGCAUCACACGGACGCUGCACUCAAGAGUCCCACAGCAAAGGCAAUAACCCCCGACCGGUCCUCAAGUCAUCAUCAAGGUGAACCGAACGGGUCGUCAUCCGCAAUCGACCUGUCCAGGCUGGAAAGCGCCCUAAGACCCGUACAACCUUUGCUGAGCACCAUAGCGAGCAUGAGCGGUGGUCUCGGGGGCGCCGCCAUCACCGUACCCGACGAAAUUUGCCAGCGGGAGCUCUUCGACCUUUGCGCGGUCGGCAUCGAGAUGUGUGUCGACGUUUCGGAAAUGCUCUCGGACAGUCUCAGUCUGUGGCUGACGGCCGCCACGCCGGUCAAUGCUGGAUCCUUCCCACCGCCCUCGGAUUCUUCUUCGCCUUUCUCUAGCUCCUCGGCGUCUUCCCCAGCUGACCUCAUGUCCGGUCAUCCACAGCAGCCGAUGGUCCUCGAAGAGUGGGACACGUGGAAACGCCUUCACGUCGCGUUACUUGAUACCUUGCACAAGGCUUGCCGCCUCCUCAAUCAUCUCCUUCCCACCACCUCCACCUCUACCGUUCUGGUCGAGAAGGGACCCGUGAUGCUUCACCAUCGUUUGCAGGGCCUCCUCGCGAGGCGUCAGCAUCAACACUAUCAGCUGCGCACCGUGGUAGCGGAUCAGGCCGCUGCCGCCGCCGCGCUUUGUCCGCCUACGGUUCAAGCCACCCCCACGACCGCUGCCGCCGCUGCCUCGGGGCUGUUGCCACCCCAAUCUCUGCAGCACACGACGCAAGCGCCUUCUCAGCACCUGCAGGGAUAUCUCAACCGUUCCAUGCCGCACUCCCAACUUUUGGAGCAGCAGCAACAUCAGAAACAACAAUUGCAACAAUUGCAAAAUAAUGGAGCACAGCGACAACAGCAUCCCCAUCAUUCACAACAACCACAAGUGCAAUACCAGGAACAGCCACAGGCGCCGUCGUAUCGUUCUGACCAAGUGCUGGUGCAACAGUCUCAAUCCGAUGCCAUUCCCGGCGGCCUCCUCCCGCAGCACCAUUCUUUUUUCCAUCCGUUCUUGAUGCAAGACCAAAACGCACAUUACGCACAACUGACCGGGCCGCAACCACAAUCCACGAUCCCGCCGCCGCCCGCGUCAUCACAAACCUUCAUGCCACUUACCUCCCAGCAUCAGCAAUUCACAUCCGCAAAAUCGCAGCAGAUGGACCCACACGUCCUUGGCAUGCACACUACCACUGAUCUUCCUUCGCACCAUGCAUCGGCGCGGCUGCCGCACCAGCAGCACCAUGUGGCAGCACCCGCAUUCGCAUCAGCAGCAGCGCCUCACGGCUCCAACUCACAAGCGCUCACGACGCCGCCGCCACCGGCCUCAUCCACAUCAGCACCAGGAGCAACGUCAGCACCCGUUGCGAUGGACGAGUUCCGCUGGGAGACGCUGUCGUCCCACGGCAUCACGCGAUUCACCCAGCUGCUUGACGGGUCCUCCAUGUUCCUGCCGUCGGUCGUCGGAGCCGAUGGAGGAGCCGCAGCAGCAGCAGCAGGGGGAGUCCCGACGUCCUCGACGGACGCCGCUGCAGCGUCAUCGGCUGCCGCGCAGACGGACCCCGGCGUGCCCGCCACGACCGCAGAGCUGGCCGCCGCCGCGACAAGCAUCCUCGCCAACGCGCCCCUCGUCGAUGAGACGGGGAUGAGGAGCCAGGGCAACGGGGGUGCACAGCAAACGCACCUUCAUCAACAUCAUGCACACCAUGCACACCCACAACAACAACAACAACAACAACAGCAACAUCAAGAGCAUCACCAACAGCCACCGCCACCACCCAACACCAUGCCGAUGGACCUUGCAAGCUUCCUCAAGGCCGCGGUAGAUACCUGGGUUAGCCAGCAUUAGUAGCUCCCACAUCCCAUAAGAUUCGGUCUCGCCCUGAAAGUAGGAUUGUUCAUACCACUUUUUAUUCCCCCGUCGCGUCCUUUGCCCCCUUUUCAGAACUAGAGUAACAUAGAGGGGGGGGGGGGUUGAAAACCCGAUAGCCCUUGUUUUUUUUUUCUAGAGUUAAUUUAUUAGGAAAGCUUUUUAAUUGAG